AUGACUGCUAAAAUGGCAGGAAAAAUGGCUAAACAACUAGCCGGGAGUGGAACUGGCCAGAGCCUAAUGGACAGAGUUACACAAGCAAAGUACAGUUUGGCUGGAUCCGCUUUGGGGAAGGUUAUAGCCAAAGCUUCCACCGAGGAAUUGAUUGCUCCAAAGAAGAAACACCUUGAAAAUUUAGUUCGAAUGAGCAAUGAACCAAACGUAUCUAUCCCACUGCUGGUCAAUUUUCUUCUUGAAAGGACUCGUGAGAAGUCCUGGGUUAUCGUAUUCAAGUCACUCAUAACGACCCACCAUUUGCUCAAUUAUGGCAAUGAGCUCCUAAAAGCUUUGCCUGUUCUUCGAGACCAACUCAAUGUCCUUUUUGAAUUUGAGGCGACAGAAAAGGAUCUUAAUAAUUUAAUUAUCAACUCGGCAUAUAUCUUACUCUACAAAGAUCUAAUUCGAUUGUUUGCUUCAUACAAUGAGGGAAUGAUGAAUCUUGUUGAAAAAUAUUUCUCUAUGAAAAGAUCUCAAUGCAAGACGGCAUUGGAACUCUAUCAAGAUUUUCCAAACAUAAUGACAAAGGUGGAUGAAUUUUUGACUGUGGCUGAACAUCUUGGAAUAGGGGACAAAGAAUCAAUGGGUCUGCAUCCUGUUCCACCACAAAUUUUGGAGGCAAUGGAACAGCAUCUUGCUCUCUUGCAAAAGAAAAAGAAACCAAAUGGUCAGCUUGAUGAUGAAGAGGAAGAGCCUGCAAAGACUCCAGAAGAGCAUCAUACAUCCUCCAAACCUCCUCUACCAAAAUCAAAGCCACACGCAUCUCCCGCCCAUCCAAAGUCUCCAGCCCGUCCAGGGACCUCUCCAAAGGUCGCUGCCUCCAAGACAAAGCCCGUGGAACAAGAAAGCAACUCUGCACUCCUUGCCACUUUGGCUGAUUUUACUAGCACUGCUGACUCGAGUCAUAUUGCUCCUUCGCUAACUGAGGUCAUUGUAACUGAUCCCGAUGGAGAACAGAAGGAGCCGGAGGAGGAAGGUGACGAUGGUCUACCAGUGAAUGAAGAAGACCAUGACCACCAAGAAGAUGAAGAAAAGGCUGAGUCAAGGGAAGAGACAAGACGGGAAGAUGAGGAGGAGUAUGAAGAUGACGAGCAGAAUAGUUCAGAUGGUUUACCUUCGGAGCAACAGCAGGCCAUCAUUGCAGCCGCCACAAGCCACUUCAUUCAAUCGGCGGAUCGCACCAACCAGGCGGUCAAGAGCUCCGUGGCUCUCACCCCCCGACAAACCCGCAAAUUCACGAACGAAUCAGAAGGUGGUGAUGGCGCUCGUCCAGUUUCUUCCUCAAGGUCAAGAAGUCCUUCGCCCGCUCGACCUCCACCGCCUCACAUCGCCUCUUCAGUUAAUCCGACACCUUCAUCUGAACAUUCCUCUCCAGUCCACGAAAAGCCUGACCCCGAAGCAAAGGCUGACAUCGCUAUAGAUGACCUGCUUGGAUUCGGCGACGAUAUUCCAUUAGCCCAGCCACCCACCUCAGUUCCGUUCGUUGCUAGUGUCUCCAAACCUCCUGCUACCUCUGAGUCGAAGCCUCAUUCUGUUAGAAUUGUUAAUCCUUAG